AUGAGUGACCUAAAUUCACUAACUAGAGAAAGUCAUUUUAAUGGGAUAUUAAAAAUUAACGAUCAGAUCAAAACCCAUUUGGAUCCUUUAGUCGAUGGAGGUCCAGAUGAAAAUCUGCAGCGUAAUAUGGCAACGCUCUUUCAAAAACUAGCUGGCAUAACGUUGCCAAUUGACAAAUACAGUUUCCACCUCAAUUCUCAAGGCCAGGUAGUCGAUUUGGAGCUUGUAAUGAAAAACUUUUGUUAUGCUGGUAAGGCUUUAUGUACUCUUUAG